AUGGGGCGCCUACCUGGGACGAACUCUGUGAAGACCUUAAUGCCCUACUAUUUCGACUCCGGUACUGGAAUAUCUCGUCUUCCGAAGAGCGAGUUCGGCAAACAAGCUAUACCAUACCUGUCUCACGAAGUCUGUGCUGAAGGUAUCAGGGCUACCCCGAAUAUUAACAAGAGUGUUCAAGACCUACCUUUCCCAUCGACCCUGAAGGGUGUUCGGUCGUUCUUGGGAAGCUUGAACUAUAAUAAGUUUAUCGAGGAUUUGCCUGUUGUCGCGGCU